AGAGGACGACAGACGUGAUGUUAGAGAUUACCGGGAAGCGAAUAGACGAGGUGUACGAGAUAUAACCACCGAAAAUCGUCGAACAACUCAAAGGGAAGAUCAUUAAUACACAGAAGAGCAGUCUUAACUUAAAGGUUUUUGUUUUACUAAACAAGGCGUAGAAUUCCAAAAGCCUCUGUGAACUGCUGCGGUUAUCUUGCUGAUUGUUCCACAUCUUUAAGGAAUGCCAAGGGAACUAACCCAAAACAGGAUCCAAAAAAUCUGGAUUCCCUCGAAGGAUGACAAGCCUUCAAUGCCCCGCGCAUCACGAGGAGGCCCUCAUUUGGCAAACCCUCCAACAGUGAUUGUGAUGGUCGGACUUCCUGCUCGCGGCAAGACUUAUAUGUCCAGAAAACUCACUCGCUACCUCAACUGGAUUGGAAUCCCCACAAAAGUCUUUAAUGUUGGCGAGUAUCGUCGUGAGGCAGUGAAACACUACAGCUCCUAUGAUUUCUUCAAAUCAGACAAUGAGGAUGCUGUAAAAAUCAGACAGCAGUGUGCCCUGGCCGCUCUUAGAGAUGUCAAGAAUUACCUCACUGAAGAGGACGGUCAAGUGGCUGUUUUUGAUGCAACAAACACAACCAGAGAUCGACGAGAUAUGAUCUUGGAGUUUGGUGCAGAAAAUGGCUUCAAGAUUUUCUUCAUCGAGUCUGUGUGUGAGGACCCAAACGUUAUCGCCUGUAAUAUCCUGGAAGUUAAGGUGUCAUGUCCAGACUACCAAGAUUGCAACAGGACAGAUGCCAUGGAGGACUUCAAGAAAAGAAUCGAAUGUUACAGAAUGAACUAUCAGCCUCUUGACCCUGACCAGUAUGACAGAAGCUUGUCCUUCAUCAAAGUGAUCGACGUCGGUCGCAGAUUCCUGGUCAACCGCAUUCAAGACCACAUCCAGAGUCGCAUCGUGUACUAUUUGAUGAAUAUCCACGUGCAGCCGCGCUCCAUUUAUUUAUGCCGUCAUGGCGAGAGCCAGCACAACCUCCAGGGCAGACUGGGAGGAGAUUCUGGUCUGUCUACACGAGGACGAAAGUUUGCAGGUGCUCUUGCUAAGUUUGUGGAGGAGCAGAACUUGAAGGAUUUGAAGGUUUGGACCAGCCAGCUGAAGCGUAGUAUCCAAACAGCUGAGGCUCUCAAUGUGCCGUACGAACAGUGGAAAGCCCUCAAUGAGAUUGAUGCCGGUGUGUGUGAGGAGAUGACCUAUGAAGAAGUGAGGGAGAGGUUUCCAGAAGAGUUUUCUCUCAGAGAUCAGGACAAAUACUACUACCGCUACCCCUCCGGAGAGUCAUACCAGGAUUUGGUUCAACGUGUGGAGCCAGUGAUCAUGGAAAUGGAGCGACAGGAAAAUGUUCUGGUCAUCUGCCACCAGGCGGUUAUGCGAUGCCUACUCGCCUAUUUCCUGGACAAAAGUGCAGAUGAGAUGCCAUAUCUGAAGUGUCCUCUCCACACCGUACUCAAGCUGACCCCAGUGGCUUACGGAUGCAAAGUGGAAUCUAUCUCUCUGAAUGUGGAGGCAGUGAACACACACAGAGAAAGACCGGAGGAGGUGAAGCGAGGCCCAAGCACUUUAAUCAGGAGAAACAGCGUGACUCCUCUCACCAGCCCUGAACCCAAUAAGAAGCCUCGUAUCGAUGGUCUGGAUGAGCCAAUCAUUAGAGAAGUGAUGCCUGCUCAACUGACCCUGUGCUCAGCCUCACACACCACACUGGCUCUGUCCACACAGAACUGGCUUAGCGAAGCUUGUCUAACCUGAAGAAAUGCUGUAUAGAGUGCCAUGAAGCCCCUCAACUUUGCCUGUGAGAUUAUUCGGCUGUAAAGCUUUACUCAACGUGGAAGAGUUUUCUGUCAAGCUGCUUCCUCUCCUUUUCCCACAUAAAGAAAAGAAAUGGACCCUUGGGUUACUCCUAUUUGUAAGGAAUGCACAUAUUAUGUGGUUUGUACUAGUAAGGAGUUUUUGGAUAUGAAUUGUAUCCAGAGCACAGUGGUAGGGAUUACCAAUUUAUAACCCCUCGCCCCACAUUUUUGGACACUAUUCCCUGUUUAUAUAACAGGAUACCACUAGUUGAUAUUGAAGAUCUGGUCUCAGCCAGAUGUGUAACACUGAUGGUAAGAAUAAGCCCUGAGACUUCGAAACGACGACGCUAAAAAAAGACCAAAGAUCACUCACAGAUGUUAGUGGGCUGAUUUGUGUCCAUUCUGCACUCGCUAUCAUGUGCUGCAAACUAAAUUGCACAUUCUAAUUGCACAUUUAGAUCAUUUGCAUUUGUUUGUCUUCGUUUUUUUGAAGGGCAAUAACAAAUCAUACCAAUUUCGUUCUUUUUAAUGCUGCUGGCAGUUUUGAAGAGUGUUUGUAAGUUCUCAUGUCGUCUGCUGCAGUUUCACUUGAUUUGCGUUAUGAUAUGGAUUGUGAGUGUUUUUAGGUAUGUAAUUUGUGUGCUUUGGAGACCUGAUGACAAGGUCAAUGCAUAAGGUUAUGAAAACAGGGUGUUUUAUUGAGCGUUUGGAUGGAACGAAGUGAAACAGUGUUUAUAUUGGUUGUUUAUAUUUAAUGUGUUUGAUGGUGUGAUAAAUAUCAGAUACAAUUUUUUAUACUGUUCAUUUAUUAAUUCCCUAGAGUGCCUAGUGCUUGAGCUAUCAGGCCAGAGCUGCUUUUUUGUAUUCUAAUAUGAUAAUUAUACAUUUAAAAAAAUGUAACAUUUGAAGUAGCUUUAGCUUUAUCAUUUCAAUUUCUUGUCACAGCCACAAGAGUUUAAACUAGCGUUUGAUAUAAUAUGUAUGUACAGAUUUAUCCUCUUAACCAAAUGUUUACAAUUUGAAUAUAUAAUAGAUUUUUGUAGGAAGGGAGUCAAAUUCAAAGAACCGGCUUUAACUGUAAACGGAUGUUUCUGAGAAGAUGUCUAGUUGUUGCUUUGUAAUGUAAAAACAAUUAAGUUCAUCACACGACUAGGUGCAAUCUUGUAUAUUGGCUCUUAACUGUAAUUCAUGUUUGCUUCUGAUACUUGAACCUUAUUUUGUAAUAUCUUACCUUGUUUUGUUAAAAUAAUAUUUAUUUAUUUGUACUAGUCUGUGUUUCAUGCACUUUGUUCAUAACUGAGAUUCUAGAGCAUAUCAGCAAAUACAAUUGUCUCUUUCUGAAGAAAGUGAAUCAUCUAUAUGCGUCAACCGAAUCAAUAAAGUCUAAAAGAGAA